UCAUUCUUCAUCUUAUCAUACUUCUCAUGUGAGAAGUGUAUCGACAUUUGGUCCUGUUAUUGCUAAACCAUUCCCGGAAAUAUACCCGCGUUUGGAUAUUUGGGAUUUCUAUGGCAAUGAAAAAUACGGUCCACAACUUGAUUUGUUAGUUCAAAGUUAUCAGGCGAUUUAUGAUCGCCCCUACUAUGAUAUGCGAUCAUUUUAUCAAGUUGCUGGCAUUCAUGGUCUACCUUUUGAACCCUAUGAUGGUGCUACUGGUGGUGCUCAUGAAUACAAAAAUGAGACGGAUUGGGCAACAGGUCGUUUUGGUGGUUAUUGUCAUCAUGGAACUGUUUUAUUUCCAACGUGGCAUAGGCCAUAUAUGCUUUUGAUUGAAUAUUUGUUAGCUAAUGAAGCUAAACAAAUUGCUUUACAAUACCCUGAUGACGAAAAAGAAAAAUAUAUUGAAGCGUCAAAACAACUUCGCCAUCCCUAUUGGGAUUGGGCUGAUGAUAAAACGCUAAAAAAAGGUGUUCCGGAAGUAUUCCUAACACCUGAAAUAGAAAUAAAUACUCCAAAAGGCAAAAAAAAGGUCAAAAAUCCGUUUAAAAGUUUUACAUUACCUGUCGAUCUUGCAUCUCCCCUUGAAAAAGGUAAAAACCCAUAUGAUAAACCAAAUUAUACACCUCCAACCCUAGCAAGGAAUCCGUUUACUCCUGCCUAUUAUCCUACAGCCAGACAUCCUAAUGCUAAUUAUGAAGAUCAAAAUAAUUUAUUAAUCGGUAAUAUGACCACAUAUGUUUCUACGGUAUUUAAACCUGGAUUGUAUCAAAUGUUUCAUUUUGGCAACUUCCUACGUUUUAGCAGCCAUGGUGUAAGAUCAGAUGAUUCACUAAUGCCAAAUGUUUUCGGAAGUCAUCCUUAUCCUACAAUUGUUGAUGGAUUUGGACAUUUUGCUUCUCUUGAGACAACUCAUGACGCUUUUCAUUUAAUAUUCGGUGGUUUUGGAGGUCAUAUGGCUUAUGUAGAUAUAGCUUCAUUUGACCCAGUGUUCUAUUUCCAUCACUCUAACAUCGAUCGUAUUUUUGCACUUUGGCAGGGAGUAUUUCCUGAUAGUUGGAUUCCACAAAGUAAAAAUAUCAAUGGAUCUUUUACAGAAUUAUUGGACGAAGUAAUAGAUGAUUAUACUGAUCUAACACCAUUCCGAAAGACAAAAACAGAAUUCUGGAAAUCUUCAGAGGUUCGAGAUGUAGAGAAACUUGGAUAUACUUAUCUAGAAUUGGAGAGGUUUAAAGGUCAAAAUCCUAAAAAAUUACAAGCUUAUCUUCUUGAACUAUAUAAACCUGAUCCUCAUUAUGGAAGAAGAUUUUUCGUAAAGGUGACUAUAGAAUCGAAUGAAUUAAUUGGACCAUACUUUGUUAGAGUAUUUGUUGAUUGUGCCACUGCGGAUGCCCAAACGCCAUUAACUUCACCUCAUUUUGCUGGUCUGUUUGCCAAGUGGAGUGGUAAUAAAGCACAUAAUAAUUCUUUUGUCGUGGGAACUGUCGAUAUUACGGCAGCUAUGGAACGAUUGGGAAUACGAAUGCAAACACACGAUAUUCUUAAUGACGUUAACGCUACGACUGGUCUUUUAAGUCCAACUGCGAUUUUUGAUGUUAAAAAGGAUAUCCACAUAGUUACUGUUACGUUAAAUGGAGAGGAUAUUA